GCGCGGCCUCCAGCCGCCAGGGGGCGCUGCCCCGCCCGCCGUCCCGUGCCAAGAUGGCGGCGCCCGCGGCUGCCCGUGCGCUGCGGGCAGUGUCCCUCAUCCGCCGUGUCCCUGAUGGCACCCGGCUCCUCCACACCACCCCCGCCUGCCUCAAGACGCGGGCGGCGCGGGUGCGCGUGGGCAAAGGGGACAAGCCGGUGACGUACGAGGAGGCGCACGCCCCGCACUACAUCGGCCACCGCAAGGGCUGGCUGUCCCUGCACACCGGGAACCUGUGCGGCGAGGCGGGCGCGGCGGAGCGGGCGCUGGAGGACGCGUUCCUGCGGCGGUUCCUGCGCGGGACGUUCCCCGGGGCGCUGGCGGACGCGCCGGUGCUGCGGCGCCGCGGGAACGUGCUGGUGCUGAGCGCGGCGCUGGUGCGCACGCUGCCGCCCCCCAAGCUCUACUUCCUGCUGGGCUACAGCGAGACCCUCCUGGGCCACUUCUACAAGUGCCCCGUGCGCCUGGAGCUGCAGACGCUGCCCGCGCGCGUCCCCUACAAGUUCCUCUAGGGACACGGGGACACCGCGGGAAUAAAGACGCGUUGUGCCUGGAA